AUGGGAGUAGCCAUCCCAGAUGCGUCGAUACUUCUCAAAAGCGUGGAGCUCAUCACGGCGAAAGUGAUGGAAGGCAACGGGGACAUCCGCUUCAGGUUGUCCUUGGUGAAGAAUGACCUUCAGCUGUUCAGUCGGCCUACUUUGGAAAGUGUGAUAAAGUACCACAGCCAUGCCCUGGCGGAAAUGCAGCAAGCGGCUCCGGCGAGGCCCAGAAGCUCUCCUUCGUCAACGGCGGCCACGGCUUCUACGACGGAAUCCCUGAGGUUGAAGGCGGUGACGACAACCACAGCGGGAACGGGAGAGUCAUUGUCGCCGGGUUCGUCGCCCACUCGGAAGACGGGAGCGAAGACGCCAUGUAAGUUCUUUCAGGGAGAUGCUGGAUGCAAACGAGGCAGCAGUGGAUGCAAGUACGAUCACACCUUCGAAUCGAAGGAAGCCAAGAAGCAGAAGUGUUGGGAGUGUGGCGCUACGUCACACAGAAGGACUGACUGUCCAGUCGCGGCAAAGAAUGGAAAGGGAGGACGUAGCUCUAAGGAUGGAAAUGGGCCUACCACGACAGCGGCGACUACGGCAACCAGCUUGGCGGCUUUGGCGGCAUCGCAACCACCGGCGCCAGUGGCGUCGCAGCAAGCUUUGUUGGAGUCGAUUCAGCAAGCUGCCGGAACUUCCUCUAUUAACUCUACUACCACCACAACUGGCCGGGAAACUGCAGCAGAAGACCCGCGGGCCCAGGACGUGAAGGCUUUGUUGGAGGAAGCGAAUGCUAUGCUGAGCAAGUUGACUAAGUUGGCCACCAUGAAAGUUUGCCCGGACUUGAAGGAGAUUUCGGCUGGCAUUGAGAGGGUGGAGCGCAAGGACGAAGAAAGAGCAGCCCUACUAGAUUCCGGAGCAUCGCAUUCGUUCCGGGCGGCCUUGGAUGAUGUGGAGGAGCGGGUUUCGGCUCCGGUGAGGGUAGAAUUGGACGCGCCUGAUGCAGAUCCGGUUCCCACCAUACUUCCUCUUGGAGCAAUGGUGCAACAGUUAGGCUGUGAGCUGAGAUGGACAAGGGCUGGAGGGCUCCGUGUGAUACAUCCCCAGUUUGGGGAACUGAAGACCUUUGUGAAGGGGAACCACCCGAUGUUGGGAGAGACCCAAGCUCUUGAAAUCAUUGUGCAGCUUGAAGAUGCCAAGCUUAAGGAGCUAGAGUCCAACGUGCUCACUACCGCGGUGAACCUGAUGAACACUGAAGAAGUUGCACUAUGGGAUGUUUCGUUGGCAAGGUAUGCGCAAACAGGACAACGAGCCCAUGCUUUGGAAGCUUUGAUGUUUGGCACCUCACCACUUGGGGGACUUUCAGAAGGGCUACCGGCUAUGAUGGCUCCGUCCAUGAACCUUGACAACAAGAGUGGCUGGAAGUACUUGAAGGCCCUUCCCAUCAAGCGUGCGACCCGGAAGGCUCUGAUGGAUAAGAUGUGGUCGGUGCGCUGCUUUACCAGAGAUGAUGGUGUGGACUUCAAGGUGUUGAAUACUGCUGAAGCCGUGUUUGUGGAUGUCAAUGUGGACAAAAGCAAGCUAUUCUCCUUGAAGGGCGACAGUGUGAUGUACAAGGCUUUGAUGUGGGCGGCACUAAGGGGUCAACUGGAAGGACUCUAUGGUACAGCCCCCACCAACCACUCCGAAGAGCUGAGAAGCAAGUUGUUGUGGAUAUGGAUGCUGGCAUCGCACGCCAACAACAAUGUCGGACAACGGGCUCCCUACUUGGCCUUGGGCGGGAAGUCUUUGGAACACUUCGGCAAGAGCGAACAGUGGAAGAUGAUUCAGCAUGAAUAUGAACUUCGAAUUGUGUGCACCGUGGCAAAGGAGACGGGCAACAACUACUUGAUGGUGACGAACCUCAACCUUGAGAACAACCUCGGGGGUACAUCGCAGGGGGCGCCGUUCAGUCAAGCGUGGCCUGACUCUGUGUGCCACCAGGUGAUUCAAGCCAUCCAAGAUUGGAGGCAGUCGUUCCACCACUGGAUGCUCAAGAAAUAUGAUGUUCCGUUGAGCGAGAUGAAAGAGGCAGAGAAGAAAAGGUGGAUUCGGCACAUAAAGAACGGCCACCUGCCGUUUGAGAAACGGUGCAGAACCUGCAUCGAAACGUGCGCCACGGGACGAGCCCAUCGGCGUGUAGUGGCUCCGUCGUGCUAUGUUUUGUCACUGGACCUUUGUGGGCCGUUCAGAGUGCGGGGCGAGUACGCGGGCUCAAAGGAUUACAAGUACGCCUUGAUCGGAGCUUACGUGAUGCCGAAGCUUAGUGGUGCCAAGGAUGAGAAAAUCCCGGAGUAUACCCCGGAAGAGGAGGAGGCGUUCGAAGAGGACGACUUGAUGGACGAAGUUGGACACCCAGAAGAACCCCUCGACCCGGCGGAUGAGAAGGACCUAAAGGAGUCGAAGGAGAAGUACAGCAAGUUGCUCAGUGGUGUUGGGGAACUACCAGAAUACCAAGUUCUCAACUAUGCGAUCCCGCUGAAGACGAGGCUGGCAUCAGAAGUGGAUACGGCGGUGAAGUCUUUGUACCUACAAUUGCGAGCUGAAGGACUUCCAGUUACCAGAGUGCACAGUGAUCGGGCAAGAGAGCUGCGAGGGAGUGCAUUGAGAUCCUGGCUGAUCUCGCGAGAUGUUCUUCCAACGUGCGGAGAAAGUCAAGUGCCGCAGACCAAUGGAAGGGCAGAGGCAGCGGUGAAAAGAGCCAAAAGAAGGACCAAAGCGUUGCUUAUGGCAUCGGGACUUCCCCGGGCGUGUUGGCCGUGGGCUAUGACCUACUCAGCUUUCCAACAGAGAGAAAUGGCGUUGGGAAGAGGCAGCUCUUUGUUGUCUUUUGCGUCACCCGUGCAUGUGAAGAACAAGGUGUUUGGAACGGGCCACAAGUUUGACCUGGACAACAUGUGGAAGGAGGGUGUCUACGUGGGACCAGCACCUGACAUCAAGGGUGGCCAUACCGUACGCUUUCCUGAAGGACGCUAUGUGAGCAGUUAUGCAUCUCAAGAGUGGGGUUGUGGAUAUGGACCGCAAGAGGAGGAGCAGAAGGAAGCAGAGGGUGAGCACAAUCUACCUGCAGAAGAUUCCGAUCCACAUCAAGUUCCACCUGGGGCGUAUGGGGCGUAUGGGGCAUUUGAAGGCGACGAGCUGUUUCCAGAGCUUGCUAUGGAUUGGAAAGAUGGACCUGUAGAAGUAGAUUUUCAGCACGAUCUACCAGCAGAAGAUUCCGGUCCACAUCAAGUUCCACCUGGUCUUUUAGAAAAUAAAGAAGCAUCUGUGCCGUCUGGUGUCCCCGAAGGUGAAGCAUCUGUGCCGUCUGGUGUCCCGUCAAGACGUUUGACUUCAAAGACAGGACUUAGGGCGCUUAGGCCUUUGUCAGAACCAGAGCAGAUGGCAGAAUACCUAGCUGAGAAGCUCUUGGGGAACAACAAGUUCACAAAGGAUGACGUGUUGAGCCUGUAUGUGUACUUGGAGAAGGCCAAGCAAUUGUUCUCAAAGUCUCAUGGAAGGAAACCUUCACCGAAGACUACGUCGUGGAUUACGGGACUGUUUACUCAUGGUGGAGUUUGUGGCCUGCGGGAUGGGGCCUUGAGAAUGCCAGCAGUUACAAAGUACCUGGCGACGUUUGCACAGAAGGUGGCGGGCAUCAGGGAGUUUGGUGCAGUAGGAAUUGUGAAGAACUCAGGACUCGGUUGUCAUCGUGAUCUACACAACCAUCCUCACACUACCAAUGCUGUGUACCCUCUCAGUGAGUUCAAGGACGGUGGUAUAUGGGUGCAAGGGGAGGCCAAGGAGCAUGAGGUUGUUGUGAACAAGCAAGUGAAGCCUGGUGUGUGGAAGCAACGAGAUCGGGUUGUGUUGGUCACAUACCAUCCAAGAGCUACCAACCUUCGCUAUGGCAACGCGAUCAAGCUACAGGAGAUGGGUUUUCCGUUGGUGGCGGGUGUGGCAGAAAAGAAAGAGAUUGCGUUGCUCAGCCACAAGUCUGGGAAUGAUGAAGAGAAGUUGCAAAAUUCCUUGACUAGCUUGAAUGAAGCUCACCAACAGUUGCUCGAGGACAUGGAAGAGCGGGCAGCCGCUCUAAGGUUGCUUCUUGAGGAGGAGCAGGCGUUGGCUGAUGAUCUACAAGAAGCAAGUGAUCAUGUGGUAGACGAAGCCAAAAGGAUUGCCGAGACCAUCCACAACAUGAUCCAUGGUACGAGCAAGGAGUUGGAAGGCUUGGACAAGAAGAACAUGGAAGCUUGUUUGAAGGCGGCUGCUGUGAACCAGGAGCCUGACUAUGAGGCUGUGAUCGACAACCUACAAGGUGAUUUACAAGUUGUUCACACAGUACCCCUGGAACAAGUACGUCCUGUUGCUGAGCGUUGGGAUGCUGCAAUAAAAAAGGAGCUGGACAGUUUGUUUGGCUCAGGAACUUUGCGAAGGCUCUCGAGUCAAGAGGCAGCGGACCUACAACGACAAGGGAAGUUGAGACUUGUGCCGACCAAAGGGGUGCAUACUUUGAAACCUCCCGAUGUUGCAGGAAACCGGCUUCGAAGGCGCUAUCGCUUGGUUCUUUGUGGCAACCAUGCAGUACGUGAAGAAGGAUAUGGUUCGUUGUACGCGGGCGGGGCAUCUAUUGAAACCUUCAGAGCGGCCCUAUGCUAUGGAGCUGCAAGGCGCUGGAGAGGAGCAUCCAGUGACAUAUCAUCGGCCUUUCUUUUGGCUGAGUGGCCAGAAGGUUUGUCUCAGUAUGCAGUUCAACCGCCAAGGUUUUUGGUGGAAAGAGGCUACGCUUCGCCAACAGAGGUUUGGCUAGUGCAGAGACCACUAUAUGGUCUGAGGGAAUCUCCGUCGAUAUGGUCAGCUUGCAGAACCCGGAGAUUGACUUCAGCGAAGAUCCCCUACAAAGAAGGACACUUGGAGAUGAAGGCCUCAGAUGUGGACAAGGAAGUUUGGAUGGUCUAUCAUGUUGAAAAGGAGAAGAAGUCUUUGGUGGCCCUGUUGGUUACCUACGUCGAUGACCUCUUCUUUUUGGGAUCUACGAAGGUGGUUCAGGCACUGGACAGCUGGGUGCGUGAAAAAUGGCCUUGCUCAACACUUCAAUGGGCAGAUGCACCAGAGGGCACACGAUAUCUUGGAACCGAGGUGACACAAACAUCCACGGGAGCUUUUGAACUACGACAGUCGGGUUACAUUCGGGAUCUGCUGGGGUCGCAUGAAAUGACAGAGGCCACCCCAACGCAGUUGCCAUGUCCAAAGGAAUGGGUCGCCGAGGAUGUGGAUGGCUAUGUCGAAGAGUUCAAUGAAGAUGAUUUACGAAUGGGCCAGAGAAUGGUAGGCGAACUACUAUGGUUGACGAUGCGGAGCAGACCUGAUCUACAGUUUGUCGUGGCACAUAUGUCACAGUGGGUUUCAAAGCAUCCGAAAAGAGUGACCCGCAUCGCCAAAAGAGUGUUAUCCUACUUGUCGGCAACGGUGCAGAUGAAGCUCGUGAUCGGCGACUACAAGAAGGAAGCAUCGGCAAGCAGCAGCACAACCACAAGCAACCCACCACACACCGCGCGCACAGACAACACGUACACAGGUGAUACUGGGUUCAAUUGGUUAAGGGUUAUAGCCUAUUCGGACGCUAGCUUUGCUCCCACCGGUUCCCGAUCCAACGGAGCGGCGCUGGUGACGCUAAAUGACAGCCCCAUUGCUUGGAAGGCGACUCGCCAAGGCAUGGUUACGUUAUCAACAAUGGAGUCAGAGCUGCUGGAAGCAACCCAAACUGCUGUUCUUGCGGAAGGAAUCGCUUGCUUGAUUGAUGAGUUCUGUGGCAGACGAGUGGACCGAGUACUUCGAGUAGACAAUGCAGCAGCUACGGCGAUGCUGGAGGGAGGGCCGGGCUCAUGGAGGACCCGGCACUUACGAGUGCGAAGCGCCUAUGUUCUACAACAGGUUGAGCUGGGACUUCUACAGAUUGAAUUUGUGGAGGGACGCAAGCAGCUGGCGGAUCUGGGAACUAAGGCGCACCCUAAAGUACGGCUUUGGGAACUUCUGGAGAUGUGGGGUUUUGAGUGUCUACCUGACGAGGCCACCCAAUCAAAGCUUGUGAAGACAAUCAUGCUGUGUUUGCUGACGUUGGCGCUAAAGUCAGUUCCUGUUGCAGAGGCGGCAGAAAAGGAGCCGUUGAAUCUGGCAGGAGUUGAUGAGCUGGUGUUGGUAGUAGCAGUCUGUUGUCUUGGAGCUGUUGCCAUCUGGGAGAUGGUAAAGUGGUGUGGUCAUUGCAUGUGGAAUCGUGCAAUAAAAGGAAAGAAGGCACAAAGACUUCAACGCAUGAGGGACCUAGCCAAGGCCGCGGUGGAAACGGAGCUGGAUCGCGCCUGGGAUGAGUCACAUGAUGUCGGAGGACAAACACCUCAAGCGAGAGUGGAAGGAGCAAUGCAGGGAGCGAUGACAAGGGCGCUGGACACAGCUCCAAUGCUACGUCAGAGUCCCCAACGAUCAAGCAGUAGACCGGGAAUCUUGCGAGACGCGGGAACACAGGCUGAGUGGCGUCAUGAGGUCGUGGAGCCGCAAGCAGAGUAUUUCAGGUUUGAAGGGCCAUUCUACAUGACGGAGCACGGGAAGAAUGUGCAUGUUCGUCAAGAUUGUCAUGGCUUUCGCUUGGCAUCGCAUCGUGUAAAGUCCUACGGGUUCUGUGAUUGGUGCGAAGGGCAGGUUCCACUUUAUAUAAGGAGAGAGAGGGGUUCAUCAUCAUCAAGACGACUGGGUUGA